CGGGCCAAACAAGAGUCCCGCGCACGAGCACACACCAGAACUGAGAGGUGGAAUAGGAGGAGUAGGAGGAGCGCGCGAUAGAGUCCCGUUCCAAAUAACGCACGCACACACAAGCGCACGCGACAGGAGGAGGAGCGCGCAAGCCGAGUCCAGCUCAUAAGCAGGCACGCGGAGGAGGAGCAGGCGCGCGCCCGCCGAGUUCUCUCUCUGUCUCUCUGCGGUGCAGAGCUGGAACACAAGAAGAACUGCUUCUCUCUCUCUUUCUUUUUUAAUUUUCUUUAAUCUUUUCUUUCUUUUGGAUUCCCUGGCACGCCGGAGGGACUGGUGCCCUUUGUGUUGUUGUUCAUUUUUUAUACCGCGCGCGCAUUUUUAUUCCUAUUUAUGAUCCAAGUUCAACUUCGCGAAAGGACCUGAGAUUUGUGCACUGACUUUUUUCUCUACCUCUGUUUUUUUCCCUUUUCUUUUCUUUCUCCUUUUCCUUUUUUCCGCCACCCUGCUGUAGCAGCAGACUGUAAAUGCAAAAAGAAAGUCGGCAAACCAUGCAACUCGUGCAGCUCGCGACGUCUUUUUUUCUCGUGCAUUAACCUUUGAAAAAAAAGUUGCUGUUUUUUUAUAAGUUUUUUUUCUUUCUGAAACAUUUUGCCCCUCCGUGUCGGCGCAUGCUACACGGGGUAAAGUGGAGGACUUACACAGACUGUUGCGAUUUGAGAAAGAAGAAGAGCAGAAGAAGCAGCGGUGGCAGUAGAGGUGCGUUUUUGCCACGCUCACGUACACGCACAGCAGUGGAGACGCGAUGAGCGCCGAGGUGCUCCCCACAAGCCCGCUCGCCCUGGUGGACUACGUCAACGACUUCGACCUGCUCAAGUUCGACGUGAAGAAAGAAUCGCUGCACGGAGUAGUGAACGGCGGAGGCGCGCGCGCGUGCCCUUCACGCGUGCAGCAGCCCCAGGGCUCGGUGUCGUCGACUCCGCUCAGCACGCCGUGCAGCUCCGUGCCCUCGUCACCCAGCUUCAGCCCCACGGAGGAGCACAAGAGCAACCUGGAGGAGCUCUACUGGAUGCCCGGUGGCGGCUACCCGCAGCACGUCGACCCUCACGCGCUCGGCCUUACGCCCGAGGACGCCGUGGAGGCCCUGAUCGGGCAUGCUCCGCCACCGCACGUGCAGCAGCAGCAACAGCAGUUGCAGCAAGGAGGUGGUUUUGAGGGUUACAGAGCUGCCAUGCAUCAUCACCAUCAACACCAUCAUCCUCAUGCGCAGCACCAUCCUCAUGCAUACGCGGCACUUCAGCAGCACCCGGACGACCUCCACCCUCACACGCAGCAGCAGCAGCAGCAGCAGCAUCCUCAUCAGCAUCACAGCCAAGAUCCGGACAGCCCGUCUCCGACCUCCCCUCAGCUCCAUCACCAUCGCCAUCACGGGCAGCAUCAUGGCCAUCACGCUCACCACCACCACCACGCGCAGCAGCAGCAGCACCACGGCAGUGGCAGUGCGCUGAGCCUCUUGAACGUGGAGGAGCGCUUUUCCGAUGACCAGCUGGUCUCCAUGUCCGUACGCGAGCUCAACCGGCACCUGCGCGGCUUCUCCAAGGACGAGGUGGUGCGCCUGAAGCAGAAGAGGCGCACGCUGAAGAACCGUGGCUACGCGCAGUCCUGCCGCUUCAAGCGCGUGCAGCAGAAGCACAUCCUGGAGAGCGAGAAGACGCAGCUCCUCAACCAGGUGGAGCAGCUCAAGCAGGAGAUCGGACGUCUGGCGCGAGAGCGGGACGCCUACAAACUCAAGUGCGAGAAGCUGACGUCGGCGGCCGCGGGUUCGAGCGCCGGAGCGGGCGGGUUCCGCGAGGCGGGUUCCACAAGCGACAACCCGUCUUCACCAGAGUUCUUCAUAGCGCUAACAACCUGCUCAGUUGUUCAGGACGGAAAAAAAAGACGUUCGAAUCGAUACUGAUGCUAAGAAGAAGAAGAGAGAGAGAGAGAGGGAGUAAGAGAAAGAGAAAGAGGGAAAGAGAGAGAGAAAGAGAGAGAAAGAGAGACCUUCGGACUUUGUUGUUGUUAUUGUUGUUUAAUUUUUUGGACUUUUCUCCCUCUUGGGUCCAAUAAUGUCAAUUUUUUGAGAACAAGACAGUAUGCAAAACUUUUAUGCAACAUCUCAUCAGUUUAUUGCCUGCUUGGUUAAAGAAAAAAAAAGAAAAAAGACAAAUAUACUGCAUUAAAAUAUUAAUCCUGCAUGCUGGACAUGUACGGUAAUAAUUUCUAUUUUGUACUUCCUUGUUUUAUGUUUUUCUUCUUCUUCGUGUAUCUUAAAUAGCAUGUUGUUGAUCUUUUUUCUUUUUUUUCUUCUCCUUUCUUCCCAUCCAUGAUGUUUCUGGGACUUUAGACAUGAACCGGUGACCAGAUCACCGGUCACUACGAUGAUCGUUUAGUUAUGUUUUGUUUGGGGGCUUGUAAAUACAUGCAACAGCAAAAAAAACAAAAAGGAGCAUUUGUGGGAUUAAAAAAAAUAGAAAAAGGGAAAAAAUGAACAAGUCAAGCGGAGCUUUGGGAACUUUUUAUUUUUUAUUUAAAAAAAAAAGAUUUCGGGGGCAUUUUUUUAAAAUGUAAUUUUUUAUCUUUUUUUUUGCCGUUGCAUUAAAAGUCAGCCAAUUUUGUAUAUGAAUAUUAAGUGCACUUUUUUUUUCCUUUGGAUUUUCUUUUUCAUUUUGAGUUUUUUAUUUUAUUUUAUUUUUUAUUUUUUUUUGCAGACCGUCCUCAAGGAAGACAUAACAAAGAUAUACUCUGUGUUUUUCAACUCGAUACACUUUGCAUUUGUGUCACAAGGUCGUGCAGUGGAAAAAAAAGAAAACCAAAUGUACAUUUUAGACACACACACACACACACACACACACUAUGAAAUUCCUUGAGGAGCGGUUUUCCCGCUGUGCAGACGCCGGAGUGAAGCGCUGCAUGUUUUUCCAGCGUGUUUCAUGCACCAGAGCUGCUCGUGUUUCCUUUUUCGUCUUGACUCGAAGCAGGAAAUGCAGUUUAGUCGCGUUGCAUAAUGCACGGCUGUUAUAUAAUCCGAACAAACAUCUACAAGUCUCGUCGUUUUUCACUUACAAUUUGUUUGUAUUAUUGAUAUUAUUUUUUCUGAGUGGUGAGAUUUCUGAAAAAUGUCCAGAAAUUUAAAAAAAAAUAAAUAAAUAAAUCAAAGCAAUUAUAAUAAUUCUGUCAAUUUCCUAAAAAAAAGAAAGAAAAGAAAAAGAAUCAGGGUUUUUGAAAUUUUUUUUCAAAUUAUUUUAAUUUUUUUCAUUUGUUUUUAAUUAUUAAUUAUUUUUUGUUUUGUUUUUAAUUCUCUUGUACCGACUUUGAGUGAUCAUUUGUUUAAUGUUUUCCUGUAAUUUUUUUUUUCUGCCGGUCAGUUAAAAAAAAGGGGGAUUCAGGUUUUGCAAAAUCUCAAAAUGUAAAAAAAAACAAAAACAAAAAACAAUUAUGUUCUGUUCGUUAUUCAUGUUAUUAUUUUGUAUUUUUUUUUUUUCUCUCUAUUUUCUGGAGAUUCUGGUUCUGCUGGCCAGAUGCAUUAUAUAUGUUAUAGUUAUGGUUUUUAUUUUUUAAAUGAUUAAAUUAACAGAACUCGUCAGAUCAUAUUGAAUAAGAAGCAUGGUGCUUGCAUUUAAGAAUUUAUUGUUAAAAAAAAAAAGAAAUGUACAAAAAAAAAGAAAAGAAAGAAA